CAGAGCCCUUUCCUUUCUCUAGCCUUUUCCCUCCUUUCCCCGCCUCCCUCCUUUUCCGCCCCCGCAGUAGGAAAAGUGGGAGGCAGGGAGAAAAAAGGGGGGAAAAAAAGGAAAUAAACGAAUCGAACUAUGUCUCCCGUCGCGUGACUGGCGGUUGCGAAUGAAACGGCUCUCCGGCGCAGCCUGGGGCUUUCCGACUCGCGGCCGGGCUCCUCGCUGCCAGCUGGAACCCUCCGGUCCCGGGAGCUGCGUCCUGCGAGCCGAAGCCCUCGCGGCGCAGGCGCAGUAACUACGGCUGCUGCGGCUGCGGCUGCCAGUCCCGGGCCCAGCCGACAGUCCCCAGGCCGAGAAGCCCCAGCUUUUAUGUCUCUGACGGGGGCCGAGUCAGGGCAGCGCUGAGAGCCUCCGGACGCGGAGGACAGUAGAAUAGCAGUCAUGCUAGAAGACAAAGGUCCGAGAGUAAUUGACUACUUUGUAGUGGCAGGCCUCACUGAUACAUCUACCAUUUUGGAUCAAGAAAUAAACCGUUUAGACACAAAAUCAACUGGACCCAAAGCUCCAAUUACAGACAUUGCUGUUAUUAUCAAGUCAGCAGGGGAAACAGUCCCUGAAGGUUUCACCUGUGUUGAAGCUACUCCAUCAGCUCUCCAAGCAAAUUUGAAUUAUGGAAGUUUGAAAAGUCCAGAGCUUUUCCUGUGCUACAAGAGAGGAAGAGACAAACCACCUCUCACAGACAUUGGAGUAUUAUAUGAAGGGAAAGAACGACUUAUUUCAGGUUGUGAAGUGAUCCAAGCCACACCCUAUGGUCGCUGUGCCAACGUCAACAAUAGUUCAACAAAUUCACAAAGAAUCUUUAUCACUUAUCGAAGGGCUCCUCCAAUACGACCUCAGAAUUCCUUGGCAGUAACAGAUAUCUGUGUUAUUGUAACUAGUAAAGGAGAAACUCCUCCUCAUACAUUUUGCAAAGUUGACAAGAAUUUAAACUGUGGAAUGUGGGGUUCCAAUGUGUAUCUGUGUUACAAGAAGUCUGUACCUGCUUCUAAUUCAAUAGCAUAUAAAGCUGGGUUAAUUUUUAGAUAUCCAGAAGAAGACUAUGAAUCUUUUCCACUCUCAGAAUCUGUACCUCUCUUCUGCCUUCCUAUGGGAGCUACUAUUGAAUGCUGGGAUCCCCAAACCAAAUACCCACUUCCAGUUUUUUCAACUUUUGUUCUGACAGCUUCUUCUGCAGAAAAGGUCUAUGGUGCUGCUAUCCAGUUUUAUGAGCCAUAUUCUCGGGAGCUGCUAACAGAAAAGCAGCUUAUGCAACUGGGCCUUUUGACACCUGUGGAAAGAAGAGUGGUCCCCAAAUCCAUCAAUUCAAACAAAUGCAUAUGUCUGCUCUCACGCUGGCCUUUCUUUGAAGCUUUUAGAAAAUUUCUUAUGUUUAUCUACAAACUUUCAGUUUCUGGACCUCAUCCUCUUCCCAUUGAAAAGCACAUCUCACAUUUCAUGCAAAAUAUCCCUUUCCCAUCACCACAAAGACCAAGAAUUCUUGUUCAGCUAUCAGUCCAUGAUGCAUUAAUAUUGUCCCAGCCGGUUUUUACACCUUUACCACUAAGUGGAGCCGACUUCAGUACGUUGUUGAUGAAUCUGGGUCCUGAAAAUUGUGCAACACUGCUUCUUUUUGUUUUAUUGGAAAGUAAGAUCUUGCUUCAUUCUCUUAGACCAGCUGUGUUGACAGGUGUGGCAGAAGCUGUUGUUGCUAUGAUCUUUCCAUUUCAAUGGCAGUGCCCGUAUAUUCCCCUUUGUCCUCUCUCUUUGGCGGCAGUGCUCAGUGCUCCCUUACCAUUUAUAGUUGGAGUUGACUCAAGAUACUUUGAUCUUUAUGAUCCACCACAGGAUGUUGUUUGCAUUGACUUGGAUACCAAUAUGGUUUAUAUAUCUGAUGAAAAGAAGAACAUGAAUUGGAAACAGCUUCCCAAAAAGCCCUGUAAAAAUUUACUUAGUACUUUAAAGAAAUUGUAUCCCCAGUUGUCUUCAGUUCACAGAAAAACACAAGAAGGCUCAGCAGUGGAGAUGACCCCAAUAGAAGCAGACUUUUCCUGGCAGAAGAAAAUGACUGAACUUGAGAUGGAAAUCCAGGAGGCAUUUUUACGCUUUAUGGCUUCAGUUUUAAAGGGAUAUCGGACAUACCUCAAACCAAUUACAGAAGCUCCUUCAAAUAAAGCUACAGCUGCAGAUUCAUUGUUUGACCGGCAAGGAUUUUUAAAAAGCCGAGAUCGUGCAUAUACGAAAUUCUACACUCUUUUAACUAAAACCCAGAUCUUUAUCCGUUUCAUUGAAGAGUGCAGCUUUGUAAGUGAUAAAGAUACUGGAUUGGCAUUUUUUGAUGACUGCAUAGAAAAGCUAUUUCCUGAUAAAGGCACUGAAAAAACAGAUAAGGUUGAUUUAGACUCAGCAGAAGAUACCAGGUUGAUAGAGCUAGAUGACUCCCAGAAGAGUGAACAUACAGUCUUAAUAAUGCCACCAGAGCCACCUGUUAGUGAUGGACAAGACCUGUCACCUAAAUAUAGCUACAAAAACUUUCCCAGACUGGAUCUUAAGCUUUUUGAUAGACCACAGGCAUUGAAAAUUCCUUUCAACAGACAUCCUGCAGGAAAUAACAUUUCAAACAGUCCAGCCCUCAUGGCUAAAAGGACUAAACAGGAGAUAAAAACAGCUCAUAAAUUGGCCAAGAGAUAUUAUGCAAACCCACCACAGUGGGCUAAGUGCCUGUUCAGUCAUUGUUACAGCUUAUGGUUCAUUUGUUUGCCAGCUUAUGUUAGAGUUUCUCAUCCUAAAGUGAAAGCACUGCAGCAAGCAUAUGAUGUACUUAUUAAGAUGAGGAAAUUAGAUGUGGAUCCAUUGGAUGAGGUGUGCUAUCGUGUUGUAAUGCAACUUUGUGGACUUUGGGGUCAUCCUGUUCUAGCAGUUCGAGUCUUAUUUGAAAUGAAAAUUGCUAAAAUACAACCAAAUGCAAUUACUUAUGGUUAUUACAAUAAGGUAGUUUUGGAGAGCCCAUGGCCUAGCAGUAAUCGCAGUGGUACCUUCUUAUGGACGAAGGUACGGAACGUUGUGUGUGGCAUCGCACAAUUUAAGCAGCCACUUAAAAAGGCCACACAAGUAUCAGCUCCUCGGAAUCCCACAGGUGGAAGUGAUGGGGACACGGUGAGCCAUGGUAGCGUGGAUAGUUCUAAUGAUGCUAACAAUGGGGAGCACACACUCUUCGUCAGAGAUUUAAUCAGGCUUGAUUCCAUUGAUAAUCACUCUAGCACAGGUGGUCAGUCUGAUCAAGGAUAUGGAUCAAAGGAUGAACUUAUAAAAGAUGAUGCAGAAAGUGUUCAUGUACCCGAAGCACACGUUGAGGAAGAAUUGUUAACUAAGACAAAAGCCCAGAGAGACAAAGUUUCUGAUGUCCCUCCUUUUGUGGAAAAGCUACAGCAGCUGAGUCCAGAGCCCUUUAAUUCUGUAGAAGUACCCACGUUGGGGAGCAGUAUUGUGAAAGUUCCAUCGGGCAUUUUUGAUACCGGCAGCCGGAAAAGUAGCACCGGUAAUACAUCAAAUAUACUAUUUUCUGCUCAGGAUUCUGUUGAGGAUACGGUGUUUACUGAGGCAUCUAAUCUGAAAACUAGUGACAAAGGAGAGAAAAGACAAAAACAUUUUUCAGAAAGGAGUUGUAGUUUUAGCUCUGAAAGUCGAGCAGGAAUGUUGCUAAAAAAGAGCAGUUUGGACUCAAAUUCUAGUGAAAUGGCAAUAAUGAUGGGAGCAGAUGCUAAGAUCCUUACUGCAGCACUGUCCUAUAAUAAGCUACCACAAUUUCAUGUUCAGAGAGAUCAGAGUUUGGAUGGUCUGGAUGGCCCAUCGACCGACACAAGGUCUCCUGCAUGUGCAGGAAGUUGGGGGACAGAGCUUAGGACAUCUCCAGGCCUGGGAAUGCUGGAGGAAGGGCAAGAACAGCCAGACACUGUUGGUGAUGGUGAUGAUGGUGCAGCUGGAGUCACCAUGGCAGAGGAUAAACUUACAGAGCCGUGGAGUGGUAUUCAGUCCAGAGACCUAAAAACAGAAUCCAAAUAUGUAAUAAACAAAAGAAAUAGUUGUUAUAGUGGAGCCAAACCGAUUGAAAGGGAGGAUGUUGAAACUGGGCUCGAUCCUCUGUCUCUGUUAGCCACUGAGUGUAUAGCAGGGAAGCCUUCUGACUCUGAGGAGAAGAUGCUGUCUCCAGUUGUGGCGCGUAAUCUAGCAGAUGAGAUAGAGAGCUACAUGAACUUGAAAAGUCCUUUGGGGAGCAAGUCUUCCAGCAUGGAGUUACACAAACGAGAAAACAGAGGGUCAGCAGAUUGUGUGUCUGGUGUAUUCGAGCCCUCAUUAGAGCGACGGUCUAGCCUACCCUUGGAUCACAGUCCAGCACUCCAGGAAAAAACUGAAGAGCAGAAGAGUCCUCCUUCUGUAUCCAGGUCAAAAACUUUCACGGGACACUCCAAACAGCAGGCUUCCCAACGAGCACAUAAAGAGCGCUCCACGUCUUUGUCAGCGCUCGUGCGUACUUCACAACAUGGAUCUUUGGGCUCUGUAGUCACUUCUUUGUCAGGAAUAAAGCUGGAUAAUAUUUUGUCUGGACCCAAGAUAGAUGUUCUGAAGUCUGGCAUGAAACAAGCAGCUACAGUAGCCAGUAAGAUGUGGGGAGCUGUGGCCUCUGCUUAUAAUUAUUCAGAUGAUGAGGAAGAACCCAGUAGAGAUUAUAGCUUUCCCGCUGGUUUAGAAGACCACAUUUUGGGAGAUGACCUAACAUCCAAAGCGUGUGUCCCAGGGCUCGUCACCAGUGAACUCACACAGAGCAACACGAGUCUUGGCAGUAGCAGCAGCAGUGGGGAUGUAGGAAAAUUGCACUAUCCAACAGGUGAAAUCCCAUUUGCAAGAGGCAUAAAGGGUCAAGACUUUGAAAAGUCAGAGCAUGGAUCUUCUCAGAAUACCAGCAUGUCCAGCAUCUACCAAAACUGUGCAAUGGAGGUCUUGAUGUCGAGUUGUUCUCAAUGUAGAGCUUGUGGUGCUUUGGUUUAUGAUGAAGAAAUUAUGGCUGGAUGGGCUGCAGAUGAUUCAAAUUUGAAUACCACCUGUCCUUUCUGUAAAAGCAACUUCUUACCCCUCCUUAAUGUGGAGUUUAAAGAUUUACGAGGCUCUACAAGCUUUCUUCUGAAGCCAAGCACCUCUGGUGACAGUUUACAAAGCGGAAGCAUUUCCUUAGUAACGGAUCCUCCCGAGCACAAACCUGUGUCUAGUCCGGCAGAGACUGACUUGAUGACCUUUAUGGACUUCCCAAAGCACAGCCAGGUCGUAUCAGAAGGAAUAAGUUCUUCAGCUGAACCAAGUGUUGAGCUAAAGGAAGAGAAUGGAAACUUCCCAAGUGUGAAAACGUCAUCUGUAGCUAAUAAUUUUUCAAGUCGAGGAGUAUCUUUGACUCGAAGCCACAGUGUUGGAGGCCCUUUGCAAAAUAUUGAUUUUUCUCAGCGACCUUUCCAUGGCAUUUCAACAGUUAGUUUGCCGAACAGUUUACAGGAAGUUGUGGAUCCUUUAAGGAAGAGACCCAACCCCUCUCCUGUUUCUGUGCCCUACUUGAGUCCAUUAGUGCUUCGUAAAGAACUUGAAUCUCUGUUGGAAAAUGAAGGAGAUCAAGUUAUUCACACAUCUUCAUUUAUCAAUCAACAUCCAAUCAUUUUCUGGAAUCUGGUUUGGUAUUUCAGACGUUUGGACCUUCCUAGCAAUUUGCCAGGACUUAUCCUCACAUCUGAACAUUGUAAUAAAGGAGUACAGCUUCCUCUUUCAUCUCUGUCCCAAGACAGUAAACUAGUAUAUAUUCAGCUAUUAUGGGACAAUAUCAACCUUCAUCAAGAACCUGGAGAGCCCUUGUAUGUUUCUUGGAGGAACCUCAACUCGGAGAAGAAAUCAUCCUUAGUAACAGAAGACCAGCAGGCCACAAGCACUUUAGUAGAGAACAUCAGGCAGAGCAUUCAACAUAAUGAUGUUCUUAAACCUAUCAACCUUCUUUUGCAAAAAGUGAAGCCAGAUGUAAAACGACAAAGGAGUUUAUACAGAGAAAUCCUCUUCUUGUCAUUGGUGUCUCUUGGAAGAGAAAAUAUUGAUAUUGAGGCUUUUGACAACGAAUAUGAACUUGCAUAUAAGAGUCUGUCCUCAGAGGUUCUAGGAAAGAUGGAGACAAUUGAUGCUCCCCCAAGUCUCAGUGUGGAGUGGUGCAGGAAAUGUUUUGGAGCACCUCUCAUUUAAGUUCGGGAUCACUUUGAAGUUUCACAGCACACGUCAAUCCUGGGAAACAAACUUUGCCAACCUGGAAGCGUUCAGGUGUUGAUUCAGAUUCCUGAGAACCGGUGAAAGUCUGACGGUGUAUGGCAUGUUCUUGACGGAUCUGCAGCCCGCGACCUGGUUGGUGCAGUUGAGAGGCUCUGAUUUUUUAAAUUAUUUCUUUUGUUUCUCCUGACAAAAGUUCUUUGGAUUUUUUCAGUAUCCAUGAUUUUUUGAAAAACCAAGCUCACCACAGGCAUUUUAUUUAUAGAUGUUUUGGGAGCUUUCAGAGUUGGUAAAAGUAACUGUAAAUCUCUCAUGUCCCAAGUGAAGCUAAGUAGCCCAAUUCUAGGAGCAAGACCUAGAGGAAAGUGGAUUUUGUGUGUGUACAUACUUUUGUGUCUCUGUAGAUGUGUGCAUAUGCAGCCUGUGUAAUAAGUGUAUAUAUUUAUUAAAACUCUUAGAUUGCACAUUGCAAUACAACUUUCUGAAAGGGUCUCAUGACCUGUGAAUUGUUGACUGCUCACAAACUGGGCUGUAGUUACUACUAGUCAAAAUUUUCUGAAACUCUGACGACUGCCCUGCCACUGGCUUUAUUUUAAAUUUAAUAUAUGCUUUCACUCUUUGUUUAUAUAUUCUUUUUUGAUGGAAUGUUAUACUCUUGAUAUCCAGUCCCCUUCCCCUUUUUACUUCCUGGUACCAAGAUCACUUACUCUGAAGGUGGAAAUGUUUUUACAAGCUAAUUAGGCAGUUUAAGUGAAUUUGAAUCUAGGUUUCAUAAUGAUUUACAGAAUUAAUUGGAACUUGAUCCCUAAAAAAGGCAAAAAUUUGCCCUUUGGCCUGAAUUCUUCCCUGUCAGGCACACCCUGGUCACUUUUGUUAAACCUGUGGGAUACCUUGCACUGCAAAUGGAAGUUUAAUAUUUGUAAUGUUUGAAAGUUAGUACUUGUAGAUUUGCAUGCACAUGAUCCUAAGUGUGCGUGUGUAUAUAUUUUUUUACAAGCUGAAUGAAUUAAGUCUUAAAAGUUGAAGCUGUUGAGCUUAUUAUAGUCAGUAGAUUUAAGAAAAAUCAUGACCAUACAUGCCUCACUUAGCAUUUUGUCAUACCUUAUAUGCCUUCUAUUAAAAACAUACCUUAUAGAGUGUGUUUGCCUUAGCUUCCUUUAUGGGACUAAUAUGAUUCCUGUUGAUUGAUUAAAGUCAAUCUGAAUUUCCAGGAACCACUGCAGAUGAAUAAAGAAAGUAGUUGCUUCAAAAGAUGCACUUCUGAAUGGGGUAACUUCAAAGCACAAACCUGCCUUCCACCCAGGGUGAAUUCUGUUUAAAUGACCCUUUAAUCAUUGUACCAUUCUACAUUUUUGAUUUAUCAGCUUAGUACCAACACAGGACUCUAGUUUCAGGUCAUUGUUGAGAGUGCUAGUGGCACAAUCUCGUGUCAGAAAUUACAUGUGAUAUGGCAACUGAACAGGUGACUUGACUAAAAAGUUUUUAUAACCAUUACUUAAAAAAAAACAUUUUGCACUAUUUGUGUAGAGGAUAUAUUUUUGCAAUUUAGCCCUAGUUUGUUUUUCUCUCCAUCAUUUAAGUUUGUAAUACUUAAAAGUCACACUUAGUGACAAAAAAGUCAUUUGGAAUUAACUUGCUAUGAAAUGCUAUUUUGUAUUAUUGGACUUAAAGCCUUCAACACAGUAAAAGUAGUAUUAUGAAGAUGAAUAAAAUGAACGAAACACUCUUAAGCCUAUUCAUUGUGUUCUGUGUGUUAUAGUUUUCAGGCUUCUGAAAUGAGUAGGAUUAAGUUAUCUGUCAUCUUUGACAAUUCAUGUUUGUUUUUCCAUUCAUCCCUUAAUUUUUGUGACUUGAGAUUCAUUUUUUGUCACAUAUAUAUGUAUUUAUAAAAGCCCUUCUGAUUUGAAAAAAAUCUUAUAAAAAUUACCUUGAACAUUCAUUGAUGCGUGACUGUGUUACUCCAAGUUCAUUUUUACUAUAAUGAAAAAAUGUAAAUAUUUGGCUAAUAUUUUUUUAAACUUUCAAGAUCAAAUAUUUCUAGGCAGUAGUUCAACUCAUCUAAAUUUUUCAUAACUUACUGUAUUUGAGGUUAUAUACUCCUUUAAAUGAUGUUAUCUAAAUUGAGUAUAAGCCCUAGUUUUUAUUUACAUAAUUUUACUCCUGUUGCUUCCUUUUAGGGCCCUAAUUUUGAAUUCAGAAUUCAUCUGUUUGCUUGACUCUGCUGAUGUGCCUUUUAAAUUUUUUUCUGAGACUUUUUCAGUACACAUAGAAAGACCCUGUAAAUUUAUGGUAAAUAUCAUUGAUGUCAUCUCUGCAGAUUUUGUUUAAAAAAAAAAAAGGCUUCUUUCCAUCCCCCUCUCCCCAACCUAAAGUUAACCCUGAAUAAUAGUUUUUAAGGUUGGUUUGUUUUGUUUUGUUGACUGCCAGAGAUAAAAACACUGUAUGAAACAAAGUCUUGAAGACUACUGAAAGUAAUUUUUCCAAUUAUUAUGUGGAUGGUUGAGCAAUACUACAUUUUUGUUUUUCCUUGUGUUAUUUUAAAGUAUUGAAAGUAAUACUGUUAGAAUUGUAGAAGUGUCUUGUUCUUCCUAUUUAGAUAAUUUAGGUUUCAUAACACUGCAGAAAAAGUAGUUAGUUACAUGACUUAUGCAGACAAGGUUGGCUUUUUAGAAUCAAAAUAAUGAAUCUCAUAGUAAAUGAACCUGAACCAUCCAGUAUUCUAUUGCUGUUUUUCCAUGGUUUCUCUUAACAUAAAAAUAUUUCAGUACAGAAUAGUAAAGGUUGACUCAAAGAUAAUGAAACAAGCCACAAAAAGAAACCUUUUUGAAAUUCCUCUUCUGGAAUGAAAGACAAAAUUAAUGAUUUUCAGAUCAUAAGUUUCAGUGUUAUAUCCUUUGUUCCUAUACAAAUAGGAAACAUUUUCAAUUGAAUCAUCUUUUUUAUAUCAUUAAAUAAUUCAGAUUAUCGAACGUCACUGGCUUAAUUCUACAAUUUAUGGGGCUCUGUCACCAUCUAGGUUUAUAGGUGAUGAGGGGACCCCUGUCCCAUCAGUCUCUACUCCGAGGCACAUAUGGGCUUCAUAGCACAUGGUCAGAUGAAUUUAUUGAAGACCUCAUUAAGUUAGUGGAAAGGCCCAGAGGCAGCCUGGUGUGAUGGGAAAGCUCUGGACUUGGAGUAAGAUGUGGGUCCAAAGUCUCACUCUGAGACUUAAUAGCUGGGUAACAUUGGGCAUCCAUUUCCAGGAUUGUUGCGAUUGAUUGGGGUAGUACUUUAAAGGUUGCAAAGUACUUUUCUGACAUUGGGAUGAAAAUUUUUAUGAACCUUAAAGCAAUAUAUUGAAAUUUGAAUAUAACAAAUAAUAACUACCAUUUUCUUUGGCACUUUAAGGUUUAUACUUUGACACUUUUUCCAUAAUAACCUUUUCAGGCACAUUUAAGAACCAUGUCCAUUUUACAGAUGGGAAAAAAAAAUCUGAGAGGUUCAGAUGACUUGCUUGUAAGUGUUGGAGCUGAGAUUUGAACUUGGGUAUCCUGACUCCAAUCCUCACCAGUUCUUCCCGCUGAUAAGCUGAAAGAAUGAAAACUCACAGUUGUUAUUCAGAUGGAAAAGGAUUUAGUUUUUACAAUUAACAUCUAAGUGACAAACAGUACUUACUAAUGAACUAACUUUAAUAGCCCUAGGAGGUUGUUUAUAUUUAAGUAUCUCUAUAAGUCCCUUGAAUGCCUCAUAUUUUUCCUUGGCAACAUUUGAUUGCUCACCUUUACAUUGUAUCAGGUUUCUGAAAAGGGAAAUUUGUGAUUUUAUUCCGUUUGAAAUCAGUUUUGAGAUUGACAUCACCUUUUUAAAAGCAAAUUAAGUGAAGAACAGACUCUUAGUAUUCAGCCAGUUCUUCUGAUGAGAGCCUAGUCAGGCAAGCCAGAAUAAAAAUGUCUUGUUUCCUCUCUAGUUUUAUUAACAUAGCAUGUGGUUCAGGUUACAAAUCUUAACAUAACUUCAAAGCAUAAUUUCCUGUAGUGUUCAAGCCAAAGAACUGGUUUAGCAUUUGUAACUGUUUUCCUUGAGUCUCCAGUAUAUUGAGUCCAUGUCACACUUGAGAAUUAUAAUACUCUAUUUGUAAGGGAUGUUAUGUAACUUGAUAUUCUGUAGAUUGAUAUUUUUACCGUUUUCCAGUUCACUGCAAUAUAAAUGUGUUGCAUUAAAUGUGAUUAGGCCUCACGUUCUUAUAGCAACCUUGUUUUAAGAAAUUCACCUUAGGACAUUUAUAUAUUUAGGUUAAUUGAAAACUUAAUACUUUUUUCAGAUUAGCAGUGAGCUCUUUUGACUUAAUCACUUAACACCAAAGGUGCCUUUCAAGAUAGUAAAUGCUGAAAUUGAAAUUGGGUACGAAGUUAUCAUCAAACUACUUUGGUGCAUAUGUUAUGAGCCUAAAUACUGUUUCUUUCAGUGGCACAAAAAAUAAAAGGGAUUAUGUUUCCUAUUGAUACAUGGCACAUUGAAAUUCUUUCUGAAAAUGAAUUGUACUCCAGUAAGGAUGAAAUAUUAGUUUGACUGUUGGAAAGCUUUCUGCUACUGCAAUUUCUCCUGGUUUCCAAGGCUUUGUGAAUUGUUUAUUGCAUGUUAACUAUGCUUUGAUUAAUUUUCAAGAGGGUGCUUUGUGUAUUUUGUAUAGAUAUCAGACUAUAAAGGAAAGCUUGUUAACGCAUUUCUCAAAAUAAAGUUCAUAAAUUAUUUAUA